AUGUGGACGUCACUCUCUGCUCUGACCAUGUGGACGUCACUCGCUGCUCUGACCAUGUGGACGUCACUCUCUGCUCUGACCAUGUGGACGUCACUCGCUGCUCUGACCAUGUGGACUCUCUGCUCUGACCAUGUGGACGUCACUCUCUGCUCUGACCAUGUGGACGUCACUCUCUGCUCUGACCAUGUGGACGUCACUCUCUGCUCUGACCAUGUGGACGUCACUCUCUGCUCUGGCCAUGUGGACGUCACUCGCUGCUCUGACCAUGUGGACGUCACUCUCUGCUCUGGCCAUGUGGACGUCACUCUCUGCUCUGACCAUGUGGACGUCACUCUCUGCUCUGACCAUGUGGACAUCUCUCGCUGCUCUGACCAUGUGGACGUCACUCUCUGCUCUGACCAUGUGGACGUCACUCUCUGCUCUGACCAUGUGGACGUCACUCUCUGCUCUGAUCAUGUGGACGUCACUCUCUGCUCUGACCAUGUGGACGUCACUCGCUGCUCUGACCAUGUGGACGUCACUCGCUGCUCUGACCAUGUGGACGUCACUCUCUGCUCUGACCAUGUGGACGUCACUCUCUGCUCUGACCAUGUGGACGUCACUCGCUGCUCUGACCAUGUGGACUCACUCUGCUCUGACCAUGUGGACGUCACUCUCUGCUCUGACCAUGUGGACGUCACUCUCUGCUCUGACCAUGUGGACGUCACUCUCUGCUCUGACCAUGUGGACGUCACUCUCUGCUCUGACCAUGUGGACGUCACUCUCUGCUCUGACCAUGUGGACGUCACUCUCUGCUCUGACCAUGUGGACGUCACUCUCUGCUCUGACCAUGUGGACGUCACUCGCUGCUCUGACCAUGUGGACGUCACUCUCUGCUCUGACCAUGUGGACGUCACUCGCUGCUCUGACCAUGUGGACGUCACUCUCUGCUCUGACCAUGUGGACGUCACUCGCUGCUCUGACCAUGUGGACUCUCUGCUCUGA